UUUUUUUUUUCUAUACUUCAUACUAUCAUUUUUCUUUUUAUUAUUGACAUUUUAUUUCCUUCCUUUUUCUUUUUUAUUCUUUCUUUCUUUCUUAAUUACACAUUUUGAUAUAUAUAUUUAAUAUAAAUAUAUUCUUUAUAUACCUGGAUACGAAUCAAACCUAUGACGCAUUCAUCUUUACCUUUUUCUCAUAUUAUACAACGAUCUCGUCAUGUAUUCUCCAGAUGGCAACCAAAACGACAUUCAACUACUAAUGAAAUACAUCGACCUAGUCUGACACAAAUAUCAACUUCAUCUUGUUCUGAUACCUCAUCUUGUUCUUCAUUACCAACAACGUUACUAGUAUCUUCAUCUAGUUCAAUUCUGUCAAGUCAAAAGAGAAUAGAAGAAGCUCAACAACUUUUUCUCACUGGUAAUCAAUAUUUAUUCGGACGACCACCUCAUAAUAAAAAACAACCUACUGUCGCCAUCUCUUAUUAUCAACAAGCAGCUGCCAUGGGACUUGCAGAAGCUGCUGGUGUACUUGGAUUUUGUUAUGAAUUUGGACUGGGUAUCGAAAAAGACUUUGGACUAGCAGAAUAUUAUUAUUUGGAAGCGGCAAAAGAUCACGAUGGACUUGGUAUGGCUCGACUAGCAUUCUUACGAAAAUAUGGACGUCCCAACAUUAAAAUCGACCGUGCUGAAUCUGAAGAAUGGGCUGAUCGUGUUCGACGUUAUUAUCCAUUAACCUCUUCAUCUACAUCAUCAUCACAAUCUUCAUCAACAACAAUAAUAUCUCCUAUACAAUGGCUUCAUGAUGCUGCUGUCAAUGACAAUGAUGCUGCUUGUCAAUAUGCUUUGGGUGUUUGCUAUCAUGAUGGGAUUGGUGUAGAGAAGGAUGAACAUAUGGCAUUUCGAUGGUAUAAAGCUAGUGCAGAACAAGGCAAUGAACGUGGUCAAGGCAUUCUUGGAUACUGUUAUGGUGAAGGGUUUGGUGUAGCCAAGGAUGAAGUGGAAGCAAUGCGAUGGUACCGAUUAGCAGCCGAACAAGAAGAAACCGUGGCAAUCUACAAUGUGGGCUAUUGCUAUGAAGAAGGUAUUGGAGUGGAAAAGGAUGCUGUAGAGGCAGUCAUCUGGUACAAAAGAUCGGCGGAACAAGGAAAUGCUUUUGCACAAAACUCAUUGGGAUAUUGUUAUGAAGAUGGAAUUGGUGUACAACAAGACUUUGGUUUGGCUUCUCUUUGGUAUCAACGAUCAGCAGAACAAGGCUAUCCAUGGGCGGAAUGUAACCUGGGUUAUUGCUAUCAAAACGGCAUUGGUGUGGAAAAGGAUGAUCGGCUAGGAGCGUAUUGGUAUCGCAAGGCUGCUUUACAAGGACAUGCACGUGCUCAACAUAAUCUUGGCUUUUGUUAUCAAAAUGGAAUUGGUGUCGACAAGGAAGAAUCCGAGGCUGUAAAAUGGUACCGACGAUCAGCCGAACGUGGAAAUAUCUUUGCAUAUCACUCUCUUGGGUAUUGUUAUCAAAACGGUAUUGGUGUACCUGUCAAUGAACAAGAAGCUGUCUUUUGGUAUCAUCUUAGUGCAGAAGAAAACCAUGCUCCUGCUCAAUUAUCACUAGGGUAUUGUUAUCGUAAUGGGAUUGGUGUGGACAAGGACGAAUAUGAAGCUGUAAAAUGGUUCAAACGAUCAGCGGAACAAGGUAAUGCCCUGGCUCAAAACUCACUUGGUUUUUGUUUUGAAGAAGGUCUUGGUGUAACGAAGGAUAGUGUCAAGGCUGUCUAUUGGUAUCACAAAUCUGCUCGUCAACGGAAUCCUUGGGCUCAAUGCAAUCUUGGCUUUUGUUAUGCAAACGGUAUUGGUAUAGAUCGAGAUCAUGUUCAGGCCGUCUUUUGGUAUCAACAAGCUGCGAAACAAAAUCAUGCACGGGCGUUAGACAAAUUAGGUGUUCAUCUUCAACAAGGACUAGGGAUUGAAAAGGAUGAAGUGGCUGCUUUUGCUUUAUUUCAAAGGGCUGCUGAUCAAGAUCAUACCGCUGCUCAAUUCCAUUUGGCCAAUUGUUAUGAAAAGGGACUUGGAUGUAAUGUGGAUUUACAUCAGGCUACAGUUUGGUUUGAGAGAGCUUCUUUAGCUGGCUGCAGAAGUUCUCAUGAACGAUUACGAAGUUUACUUGUACGAGUAUGUUUAUUAUCACCUGGAGCCUCACUAUCUACGAAUAUGGAUGAACAAGAUUUGAUUUGUAGUGGAUUUAUCAUCGGACAAAGCGCUCCCGCUGCCUAGAUUAUUCCCCCCUUCUCCUCUCUCUUCCCGUUUUAUUCAUUCCUUUUUUUUUUUUUUUUUUU